UGGAUUGUGUGCAGUUUAAACUUGAAACUCCGAAGACAGAAGAGGCGCGUUAAGAACUUAAAUAAAAUUAAACAAUUAAACACAUAAUAUAACAUAUUUAAUUUAAAAAAAAAAGUGUAAACUUGCUUAAAUCAAAAUAAGCUGUUCUUUUAAUAUUGUGAAGAAUUAAAGAAGCAAUAUACUCAGAGUUUCAUCCCCUAAAUAAUUCAUUCAUUAUUCUCUAAGUACUGUAUUCUGUCGGUUCGAUAUCGAUUUUUCAAAUAACUUUUGUUUUAAACUAGUUUGUGUUUUACUUUCACCCUUAAUUUGAAGUAAAUAAACAAAUCAUAAUGAAACGGUUCAGAGUAAAACGUAAAAAUGAAAAAUGGGUAUCCAAUAACCGAGUUUUGCUUGGCUCAUCCAAAAAGGACCCGGGACGUAAUCCUAAUUUCGAUACUGAGGAGACAAAAUUGCUCAUAUCACUUUGGGGAGAUCCCACAGUGCAAAGGACACUAAUAACUACGCAUAGAAAGCACACCGUCAUAGCAAAGCUGACAGAGCAAAUGAAUGAAUAUGGUUAUAACAGGUCAACGGAAGAAAUCAACACUCGGAUAAAGAACUUGAAAUGCUUUUACAAUCGUUUGAAAAAAGAUAUGGAUAUGGGUUCAAUAAGUGGAGUAACAUGGAAGCAUUUCGGAGCAAUGGAUGAAAUUAUGACUCGUUCAAUAUUUAGUGUCAGACCAAAUGAAAUACCUAAACCAUCUCUGAAAUAUCAAUUGGAACAAGAACUUGAAGAGGAAAGGAAAAAACAUAAGGGCGAAGGUGCAAGCGUCAAAAGAAAUGAAUCGUCAAAUAAUAAUAUUCAAAUCCUGGAGGAAAAUGCAAGUUGCUCUAGCUUGAGCUCAAAAGAAGAAAAUGAUGAGCCCUUAAAUAAUAUCGAGAAUGGAAUGGAACACAAUAAUAAAACGGAUGGUGCAUGCAAAAUUAAAGAAGAAGAUUCUUUAAAUUCUUGGAAACUUGAAGAUGAUGAACCGUUAAUAAUUCCAAAGGACGAGCCAAUUGAAGAGGAUGUACAAAUUAUAAACGAAAAUGAAAUCAACCAGAGUCCGGAAAGGCAUGCUCCUAUCCUAAAUGAAUACAUUCAAGCCACAAACAACACCAAUUCAAGUCCAGGAUCACAUUUUACAAAUUCGUCAAAUAACCUUAAUGCAAAUACAAAUAGCUUACCGAAAACAUCGCAAGCUCCAUCAACCAUACCUCAGUCAAUUGUUAUAACAAACCCAUCAAACAAUGGUAUUUCACAGCAAGGACUUAUUUCAUUGGUUCCUACUAACUUCUUGCUUCAGCAAAAUAAAAAACCAGAACCUAAACAAAUACAAAUCCGACCACAGCCCCAACAGAGAAUUAUCUGCGCCCAACCAAAACCCCAAACAAAUACAGGAAUCGUAUCAUCUGCGAAUAAUGGAAGAAUGAAAGUGUUAUUUGUGAACGCAUUUCAAAAUGGGAAUACUCCAAAUGUUGCAUCAUCGAAUAAGGAAUUUUCUUUGCAAAAUCCGAACUUAAUAAAUGCUUCGAAAACACAUCAAACAGAACCUACGAUCUCUAUGAGCUAUAUGGAAAAUUCAAAGCCAACAUCAACGGAAGAACCAGAAGUUAAUCCUAAAGAUCAUGGUUUUGAAUUGCUAUUCAACAAAUUAAUCGAAAUGCAGAACGAAAACAAUGAGAUCCAAAGGCAACAUUUGGAAUUGACACGACAACGUUUAGAAUUCGAAAAAACUAUGGCCGACAAAUUCCUCGAAGUGCUCUCUUCUUUAAAGUCUGAAACCCCCAAGGAAAGCACAAAUAAUAUUGAAAACUCUAGAAAGAGAAGUGCGCAUUCUGAAGAAGUGAACAACGAAAAGUCAAUAUUACCAGACAUUAUCGAUGAUUUCAAUAACUAUCAUUUGUUGACACCAAAGGUUGAAAAAAUUGACUAAAUAAAGGUCCAUGUUCAGAUUCUGAAUACCAAACAAUGUGAUAUUUGCACGAAAUGUUAAGUUUUUGUAUGACUAACAUACAUACAUUGAACUUAUAUGAAUAAAAGAAAUAAAUAAUUUGACAUGA